AUCACAACGACAUCAUUUUGUCAAGGUCACUGGUGGAUGUUCGCAGAAUGUGACUUGGGCAUUGGCAGGCCAGCAUUUAUAUUUUUAUCGUUUUAUUAUUAAAGAGCUAGCCUUAUAGCAAUCGUAUUGCUCGAUUGGUGAGUUAGUAGUUAAGGGCUUGCUGCCAUUCCCACUGGCACGAAGAAGUCAAAUAGGUUGUUAAUCUUACCUUGAUAAGAUCUUACAAACAUACACGAAAUCAACACAACAUUGCAAAUCCCUACCCUUCCUCACCCGCAUCAAAGUCCAAGGCGAUUUAUUCACCCACAAGGACAUCAUGCGUGAAUAUCAUCGUAACGCGAAAUAGCUUCAUAAAUUCAAGCUACGAGAAAUCAAGUUAUAUUAAGCCCCCAACCAUCCUGCACUACCGGUACCUGUAAGGUGUAAGGCUAGUGCAGGUUAGACUCGGCUAUGCAGAAAUUCACGAUAUCAAAAAAUCUUCUAGAUAACCAUGACUAUGCUAUUAUCCGCAAAAUGAGUUCUCUUCCCCAGUCUGAGGCUGCAGAAGGAAAGCAGGCAAAGCCAGUGUUUGAAAAUACUCAACAUGAACCUACAUUACCGUCUUCAGAUCAAGAUAAAGAUAUAGCUAUAGCUAUAGUUGGAGAACAUCGUCAUGAAAUUGACCCCGCCAUAGAAGCUCGAGUCGUUCGGAAGAUAGAUUGGUUUCUAGUUCCUCCUAUGUUCAUUGGUUAUGGAUUAGUUUAUUAUGAUAAAGUAUGAUAAAUCUUACAUGUACCUCCAAGUUGCUUGUCUAAAUUACUUAUUCCGUAACCUUAGGCAAUUCUAGGGUCCGCAGUUCUAUUCGGAAUGACGACUGAUCUUUCCCUAUCCAUCAUCAAUACAAAUGUUACACCACAUACAACCAAUACCUCUCGUCUUAGUUGGGCAACGUCUCUUUUUUACUUUGGCAUGUUAGCAGGUUUAUACCCUAUGACAUUUGCCUUACAAAAAUUCAAUAUGGGUAGGAUAUUAGGCGUGGUGGUGUGCUUGUGGGCAUUAAUCUGUAUGUGCACAGCCGCUGUGACAAAUUGGCGCGGUCUAUAUGCACAACGAUUCUUCCUAGGUUUCGUCGAAAGUAUCAUUCCAACUGGUUUCAUGUGUAUAAUCAGCUCUUUUUAUACACAGUCUGAGCAAUCCUUAAGACAAAGUUGGUGGUUUUCCUCAACUGGUGCUUUUACCAUUAUUGGCGGGGCACUGAAUUAUGGAUUUGGACAAAUCGAAGCUGGAGAUCUUAAACGCUGGCAGUAUAUUUAUUUACUUGCUGGAUCUCUUACUUUUCUUUUUGGGAUUUGUUCUUUCUUCGUGCCUAAUUCCCCCGUCUCUGCUUGGUUUCUUACGAUCGAUGAGCGUAUGGUAGCGACAGAACGUCUGAGAUAUGGGCAAACAGGCAUCCGUUGUACUAAAUUCAAAUGGUACCAAAUCAAGGAGUCUUUACUUGAUAUCAAAGUAUGGUUGGUGGCCAUUAUGAUGGCUUCAGCUUACACUGUCAAUGGAGCAGUUAGUGGCUUUGGCCCUCUUAUCGUUUCCACUUUUGGGUACUCAACUCUCGAUUCCAUUUUGUUCCAAUUUCCUCUGGGCGCAAUAUGCUUCGUCUUCAUUCUGCUUACCGGCUACAUCUCAUCGCAUAUCUCCAAUAUCCGCAUUAUACUCCUCAUCAUGUGUUGUCUUCCAGUGAUUGCUGGUUGCGCAAUGAUAAGGAAAAGCUCCUGGUAUUAUCAUGCAGCGACUCCAGUCGUUGGAUACACCAUAAUUGGGUUCUUUGGUCCAGUAGUGAGCUUGAUCAUCACGAUUGGUAUGGCAAAUGUUGCGGGACAAACAAAGAAAUGUUUUAUGGCAGCGACUAUUUUUGUGGCAUAUUGUGUGGGUAAUAUUGUAGGACCUCAAUUGAUCAUAUCACAAACGAAGUCGAGACACUAUCCAGAACUCUGGUUGGGAUUGAUCAUCUGGUAGGUUUGAACCAACUUGUCUACACGGCAUGAAUACUAAUGCGAAGUAGCUAUUGUAUUACUAUUGUGGCUGGUGUGUUGCUGUAUAUUGUACUGGCAAGGGAGAAUCGAAAGAGAGUAUUAAUGGAGUAAGUUCGCACCACUUUCAUCAAUAUCUAUAACAUUGUGAUAAACCCGCAAUUAUCGUAUUGCGUCGAUGCACAACCAUUGAAACUUCCGUUACGACCAUUCUGUUUGUACCAAAAGUGUCAGUUUUUGACGAAAUCGUGCUAACUGGCAUCUUCCAGAUUAGACGAGGAGAAUAGAGAUAAAAUGGCGUUUCAAGACUUGACAGACAGACAGAAUCCAUACUUUCGAUAUAUGCUUUAGUUUCAGAUGGACAAAGAGAGUUCGAUAGAUACGAUACUAGCUGACAUUAUUGUUUGAGUUAUUCAUUAAACUAGUCGAAAGACCUCAUUAUAUCAAAUUUUAUUCAUAUUAACAAAUGAUGAUAUUUACAAUGAUAAUAACAAGGGC